AUGGAUAAUUACACCAACGAUGAAGACACAGAUGAAGACUUUGACACCCAGCUCAUCAUUCAACAGAGUUUACAGGAUAUUUAUAAGCCAGGAACAGCACAACAUGCACCUAAGGAUGAGAGUUUCCAUUCCUUUUUGAGCGCUGAGUAUAAGAAGAUAGUUGAAACAAUAGAGAAAGGUAAGGAAGAUGCAUUGUCACACUUAACCAAGUACCAUUCCGCAUUUGAUGAAGCAGAUGAGAUAGGCUGGAUUCCUCUGCAUAAGGCUGCAGUGCAAUUAAAUAAGAAAAUUUUGGAAAUAACCCUAAGCGCUUCAGACCCCAGUCUGUGGGAGCAAACCACUCACAAUGGUGAAACGCCACUUUUUUUGGCUGUCAGCAGUUGCCUCUUAGAAAAUGCCACUUUUCUUCUUCUCAAUGGCUGCAAUCCAAAUGCUAAGAAUUUCGAAGGCAAUUCUCCUCUUCUUACAGCUGUGCUGCGUGACUUCUAUGACAUGGCUGCCUUGCUGAUCAACUAUGGAGCAGAUGUCAAUCUGCGCUGUGCCAACGAGAGGACAGCUCUCCAUGAAGCAGCCAAACUGGGCAGAGAGGACGUGGUGAAGCUUAUGCUGGUUUCUGGGGCACACCCUGACCCACAGAGCACGUAUGGAUUCACUCCUCUUGCUCUUGCUGCCCAAAGUGGACACACUGAAAUCAUGGAAAUGUUACUGCGGAAAGGAGCUAAUGCUCAUGGGCAGGCCUCUGAUUCUUCUUCCAUCUUACUUGAAGCCGCAAGUGGAGGAAAUCCAGAUGCUGUGGCUCUCUUGCUGGAGUACGGAGCUGAUGCCAACAUCCCUAAGAAUUCAGGCCACCUGCCCAUCCAUGUGGCAGCUGACAGGGGCCACUUACUAGCUCUAAAGAUACUGAUUCCAGUUACGGAUCUUGCUGCCAUUAAGCAGAGUGGGAUCAGUCCAGUUCACUGCGCAGCAGCAGGAGCACAUCCUCAGUGCCUGGAACUCCUCAUCCAGGCUGGAUUUGAUGUGAACUUCAUGCUGGAUCAGAGAAUUAGCAAACACUACGAUGACCACAGGAAGUCAGCUUUGUAUUUUGCUGUAUCAAACAGUGACCUCUCUUCAGUCAAGCUGCUUCUGAGUGCUGGAGCUCUGCCUAAUCAAGACCCGGUUAACUGCCUCCAGAUAGCCCUCAGGAUGGGCAACUAUGAGCUGAUCAGUCUGCUGCUAAGGCAUGGGGCCAAUGUCAAUUACUUCUGCAGAGUUAACCCUUUACAUUUCCCAUCAGCACUGCAAUACACUCUGAAAGAUGAAGUCAUGCUCAGGAUGCUGCUGAACUAUGGGUAUGACACAGAGCGAUGUUUUGAUUGCCCACAUGGAGACAAAGUCCAUCCUUCCUAUACUGUUGAAGGCUGGACAUCUACAGUUAUCAAAGAUACUAAGUUCUGUGAAGUAAUAACUUUGUCAUGGCUGCAACAUCUCUCUGGAAAGGUUGUUCGAGUGAUGCUUGAUUAUGUUGAUCAAGUUCGGAUCUGUUCAAAGUUGAAAGCUGUGCUCCAAAAACAGGGGAUCUGGUCAGAAAUACAUUUUAUCUUAACAAACCCUCGCUCCCUAAAACAUUUGUGCCGCCUAAAGAUCCGGAAAUGCAUGGGACGGUUACAUUUGCGCUGCCCUGUCUUCAUGUCAUUUCUUCCAUUACCCAAUCGUCUAAAAGCAUAUGUCCUUUACAAAGAAUACGACCUUUAUGGACAAGGAAUUUUUACAGGAACCUGGUAAUCAAACCAUUCUAAUGGAAAAGGUAUAAUUUUGCAGCCAUGUUCCUUAAAAUUUCACUUAUGUAUGAUUCAUAUUUUUUGCUUUACCCACCAACUAAAAUCUCAAUGCAGUCUAAGUCCUUUAAAAAGUAGCUCUGCUUGGGAGGCUGAGGCAGGAGGAUUGCUUCACCUUGGGAGGUCAAGGCUGCAGUGAUCACGCCACUGCACUCCAGCCUAGGUGACCGGAGCAAGACCCCAUCUCUAAAAGAAAAAAAAAAUUUCUUCAAGUAGCUUUGAACAUAGCCUCUCAACAUAUAAAUGACUAGCAUUCUCUAGGCAGUUAAAAAAAAAAUAAAACCCAAAUAGUAAAAAUUUCAAUUAACUGAAAUACACCAGUUUUAUAUAAAUCCAAUGUCUAUGUGCCCAAAAUAAUAGAUGCCACUUCUGACAAGUCAAGAUAACUCAC